AUUUCAGUAGUAAACAACUGUCUGAUAAGAGUAUAACUGUUAUGAUGGUCAUAACAGGGCAUUAGUCUGUCGAAUUCUUCAAUGUUUAUACAGAAUUAAGCAACAGGAGAAUAUUUUGGUUUCACUUUACUUUUUGAUCUCUAUGAAACCCUGUUGGAGAUGCAGUACUGGAUUUCGACAAAGAAAAUUGACAUAGAAUUUGUGUGAUUUAAUUUUAAAUCAAUAUUUUUUAUCAAAGAGGAUCCUUGUUACAUUAUAGUUACAUUUAUUUUCCUUCUUGAGUCUUCACAUGCGAUACAUAACGUAUAUAUUUGGAUUCCGUAUGCAUCAAAUAUCCCACUCGACUCUCACCUUAGUAUUAUUCUUUUGAUGGCGGUUUCAACCGAUUCGUAAUGUACACUGUAACUUUAAAGGGUGGAUCACCCUGGGGAUUUAGAUUCCAGGGAGGAUGUGAUUUCAACGAACCAAUUAAAAUAGCAAAGAUAAAUCCCAACAGUAAAGCUUACAAGGAAGGUAUAAAAGUAGGGGACUAUAUAGAACAUAUCAACGGUCAGAAAACAGAAGGAUUACUACACAAUGAUGUUCAACAGAUAAUAAAAUGUGCUAACAAAGAACUUACCUUAGAUCUAAGAAGUUGUAAGAGUCCAAUGAUGAAUGGCCAGAUAAACGGUGAUAUCCAUCCAAUAGAGGCACAGAUCAUAUCAGGGAUAUUUCGAGCAACACCUCAUUACAUUCAGCCUCAGCGAAAGACAACUGCUGAUGACUACAAACCCAUAUCUUACCAUGUGACCAGUACAAAUAGUUCUUCAUCCCGUCCCCCGUCAUCGGUGAAAGUGAACCCUAGUCCCUACAGAGGAUCUCAGUCUGUACCUUCAAGUCCUCGCUUUCAUUCUAAACUUAUUGUUCCAAUUACCUCGCCAAAACCAUUACGACACAGGGAUGCAGCAUGGGAUCGGUCAUCUCCAUCGCCAAGCUUAUGGUCUACUACAUCAUGCUAUACUAGUGAUUCGGCCAGGUCAACUCCACAAACCUCGCCUGCCUGUAGACGUCGCCAGCCACCCUUGCCUUUGCCUAAACCCAUUACAACUGGUGGCAGGUCUCGGCGACAAAUAUUUGAACACAGCUCCAGCCUAGGUUCUUCAGCUAGAAGCUUAGUAUCACCCAAUAGGAGCCUAGGUUCUCCCAGUAGAAGCAUUUCACCAGCAACAUCAGAUCAUUCUUCUAAAGGCAUGCAAAUGUUUUUACGGCAGAUGGAAAAGUUAUCUAGAUAUUCAGAUGAUGAAGACAAAGGUGUGUCAGACAGCAGUACCUUGACAGCACACUCCCUGCCACAGGAAGAUCAUCACCUACCCAUCAUGAAAGAAGAAGUCGCUGUCGAAGAACAUAUAAUACCGAUUAGUGUUAAAAGAGAAAGGAUGAUUCCCUUGACAAUUCAAACUUCUACACCAGAUUUGAGAAAUUUUCCUCAAGAGGAAACUAGAUCUCGGGAUUCAGGAAUAACGAGUCGUGGAUCUUCGUGGCAGAGUGGUAGUUUUAAGGAUGGAAAUUUUAGUCCCGGUUCGUACUAUACACUCCCAGUUAGAAAAUCAUCAAGUGAAAAAGUUACUGACAAACAAAAUGAUGAUUUUGAUUAUAGUAAAUGUACAACUUUGCCAACUAUAAAACCUCUGAAAACACACAGGGGAUUCGAAAGUGAAAUGAAUUAUGAUGGAAGGGGAAGAGGUGAUGUACGAGUCCAAUCACAGAGAAAACCUAUAGUUGUUCCACAGGAUGGAUAUAAUACCGAUGUGGAUUAUAGUGGGAGGGGGAGAGGCGACAUGCGAGUCCGCUCACAGAGAAAACCUAUAGUUGUUCCACAGGAUGGAUAUAAUACCGAUGUAGAUUAUAGUGGGAGGGGGAGAGGCGACAUGCGAGUCCACUCUCAGAGAAAACCUAUAGGUGUUCCACAGGAUGGAUAUCAUACUGAUGUAGAUUAUAAUGGGAGAGGGAGAGGUGACAUGCGAGUCCACUCUCAGAGAAAACCUAUAGUUCAACAAGAUGGAUAUUCUACGGAUGUGGAUUUUUGUGUCCGAAAUAAUCAACGAAAUAAUCAAGACUAUUCACAAGGGAGACAAUAUAAUCAGAGAGACUAUAUACUUGACAUGGAUUUAGAUUCAGUCAAACUUCCACAAAAAGCUAAACUUUAUGAUCAGAGAGGAUUCGUGAGUGAAGUUGAUCUUUCGUCUUUGGAUUCACAACCAGACUUCAAUAGAUUCAGACAAUGGCCACCACAGCCACAAACACAGCCACAAGCACAGCCACAAUAUAACCCCCCUCAACUGGUGGAAUCAAACUUACCUAGGAGACAUUCAGAAACUGUACAGUCUCCUAAAUAUGUGACACCUUCACGACAGGAGAAACCGAAUUACACAAAAUGGACUCCUAAAUCUUCACCAUCUGUUGUUCGAAGACAAGGAUCACUGGACUCAUCUUCUUCCUCUCCAAACAGAGGAAGAUAUAUUCCAAUAAAAGUGAUGCACGAAGAAAGUCCACAACAACCAGAUGUCGACCACAGAGUUGGCCAGAAGAAUGAAGAUGAAAGACCUAUUCAUGAAGUGCCACCAGCUAUGAAUGGAACCCACAUAUCAACAGAAUAUAGUCCCACUACUAAUAUAGAAUCUCACCAUGAACCUACAAGUCCACAAAGAACAGUAGUUCAUACAGAAAGCAAACCUGUGAUAUCUAAUGUUGCCCCUGUAUGGAACCCCAAAAAGGGAACAUUAUUUCAGAAGAAGGAAUAUAAACCUAUCAAGCUAGAUACCCUAAGAAAAACUUCAAUGGAAAUCCAGAAACAACAUAUAGAAAAUCAGAAGCCAGAGGAACUCAACAUAAUUCCCCCUCCCCCAGAAGACAGCUACUCCUGUCAGCAACCUGACAAAGACGAGCUACAUGAAUAUAAAUCUUUCGUUUCCUAUAAUCCCCAAACUAGUACUUCAGAGCCAGCUCCUGCCGAGCCCUCUAGGACAGAAUAUGCUCCCUAUCAACCCAAAACAGAAUUCGUAGAUUAUACCUUUUCUAAUGGUCAGUUUGAUGAUGAACCCAGUCGACUGCCACCAACUCAGAGCCCUUUCGUAACGUUAUUACGGAAAGGUAGAGAAAAUGGUUUUCCAGUGGAUUUGAAAGAUAUUAAAAAUGUCACCGAACCUCUUGUUAUAGAUACUGAGGGUCAAAUACCAAAAGGAGCACUAUAUAUAGGAGAACAAGCCUUAGUACAGGAUGGACUGAAGCAUACAGAUACAUAUUACGCUGUACCUACGACAGAAGAAGAAGAAGAUAUGUCACAACAAAGCCCUACCAGUCCUUCAGAGAAGAAACCUUUAAAAUAUGAUGGCAUUGGUCCUACGGAUGAUGGAGGCAUGCCAUUAUCAUUCAGAAUGAAUGUAGAUGAGAAGAAUCAGCACCAGUGGUAUAAACAGAUGUACAAAAGUCUUCAUACAUCUAAGAAGAAGGAAGUUAAGCGUAGAAGAACACUUCCAGGAGAAACAAGCGAAGUUACAGAUAGUGAGAAAGAGGUGGAAGAUGUCACUGUUAUCAUGGAUUGUCUAUACAAACAAGCAGUGAGUGAACUGUUUGAAUCCAACUCCUACAGACCUACGUAUGAAUUCCCAGAAGUGAAGACAGAACCAAAGUCAAAAGAAGAUACAAAGAAACCUGUAGUUGAGGAAACAGUUACCAAAGAAAAUCCCUACAAGCCUGCAUAUGAACUUCCUUCUACACACAGAGAAGACUCAUCUAAAUUUCGUGUUAGUGAAAAGAACAAACAGAAUGGAAGAUUAUCAUCUUCGCAGACAGAAAAAAUUACCAAAACAGAUUUUAACCAAAGAAAAGAACUGUUUACAGGAAAGAAAGAUGUAGAUGCUGGUUAUAGAUCAGAGCCCGACAACUCAUCUACAACUAAAUCCAGAUCAAAAAGUUUAUCAGAUUUCAAAGCAGAUUUUAAAUCAUCUACAAAACCAAAGACUUUAGAUACUGAAAUUUCGGAAGAGGUGCAAGACUUCUUGAAUUACCUAGACGAGUGGAAUCCACCCAAUGCACGAUCCACGGUAGAGAAGUACCGAUGUCAGCCGAGAAGUAUCGUUGAUUAUGAACCUGGAUUCUCAUCUUUAGCAUUUCAAGAGGCAAAAACUGGACCAGGUAGAUAUCGUUCAUAUUCGGAGAAUUCUCCAACGGAGAGAAAAAAGAAAACAGAUGGCACCAAGGGUGCUGUCCAUAAUCCUCCCAUAGAUAAACCAGGACAGUUUAGUAGAUAUACUGAAAAUGCCCACACAAGAUUAGCAGCAGGAGCUGGUGAUAAUAACUCAGAUGAAGCCGCCAACCAAGCAGACUUAUAUAAACUGGUACAGCAAGGUGGGGACAUACCAAUACGGGGACUACAAAAACCUGGACCAGACAAAUCAGGAAAAAAACCACAACAGCAUCAACAACAACAAAGUCCUUUGUCUCCACUUCCUCCUAAAGUACCGCCUCCUCCAAAGCUAUCACCAGGGCAACAACCAAUCAUAAAGUCCAGUACAUCAUACAAUCAGCUUUACUCAAAGUUUGAAUCGCAAGGGAAUUCAUAUACCAAUAGAUUUGGGAAUGAUCCACCUGCCCCGCCUGUACGAAGUGGCAACUACCACGAACCACCAAAUCCACCUGUUCGAAAGAUUAAGUCUGCACCAGUUUCAAAGCUGCGGAUUCGAAGUAAUUUGUCCGCAGCAGAGCAACUGGGAAUAAAAAGUUCAAGUCCAAAGCUUAACGGAGUUGAUUUUGACGAGGAUGCAUUCAAGUUCCAGACAUCAGAUGUACGGAGAAGUCCGACGGAGAGAGUACAACGGAGAAGGGAAGAUGAAGAAGAAUACAGAAGGAAAAGACUGGAACAAAUAUAUGAAGAAGAGAGAAGAAGAAAAAUAGAACAAGAAAAGGCUGAUCUGGAAGCACGGAAACAUUCAGACUUUUUUACUCAAGAAAUAUAUAUGGACGCUGCCCAAAAAUCUCCCAUCCCAGCUGAUCGCUUUGAAGAACCAAUCAGUGGAUACAAUACAGUACCAGCUGAUAGACGCAGAGGCUUUAAAAUCCAUGGCAAAGCUAAAGCUGUUUAUAAUUUUAAUGCUCAAAAUCCUAGAGAAUUGUCGUUUAGGAAAGGUGAUAUAAUAUAUUUACUAAGACAGAUAGAUAAGAAUUGGUUUGAAGGAGAAAGAUAUGGACGAUCUGGAUUAUUCCCUGUUAAUUAUGUUGAGGUGUUAACAUCAAUAGAGGAAGCACACACUGCUGCCCAGCAGGCAGAGGGCCAAGCAAGGGUCAGAUAUAACUUUACUGCCCAGACAGGAGUGGAAUUAACAUUACGCAAGGGUGAUAUAGUAACAUUAUUACGAUCGGUAGAUGAAAAUUGGUAUGAAGGUCGAGUAGGAAACAAACAGGGUAUCUUCCCCAGAUCUUACAUAGAAGUGAUAUUUGAUCCAUCAACACCAUUAGUGACACCAGCGCCAUCUGUUAUCACGACACCUAUGACAGGUAGAGGUACCCCUGAAAUGUUAUCACCAUCUGGUUACGAUGCACCAACGCCUCCUCCUCAACCGUCUCCACGAGCUUUCUCACCCCGAUCGUCAGCUUUUCAACAUCAUCAACAACGUCAGUUUAGUCCACAACAACAGGGCAUAAGUCCUCAUCAACAGACAUUAAGCCCACAACAACAGGGCAUGAGCCCUCAUCAACAAUCAUUUAGCCCUCAACAGCAAGGCCUUAGUCCUCAUCAACAAACAUUUAGUGCAUCCCAACAAGGAUUAAAUUCACAUCAGCCAGCAUUCAGUCCACAGAGAUCAAAUUUUACCUCACCACGUUACGAUGGCCCACAACAACGAAUGGAAGAUGGCCCGGUUCGUAUAAAUGGAUACUCACAGUAUAAUGGAGAUUAUAAUGGUUCUCCGCCACAUCAAGGACAACAACAACAAGGUCGCCCACGACAAAGUCCAACGAUAGGAAGGAAACAGUUUGUGUCUAAUGGACCGUCAUACCCACCUAGUGCCAAUAUAAACUAUAAUGUAGAAACAAACAAUAAUGAAAUCAGAAAUAAAGUGCCAGAUGACGAUUUAGCGUUGUGUAGAUAUAGGGCAGUUUUUGCGUAUAGGCCACAGAAUGAUGAUGAACUAGAACUUUUAGAAGGAGAUGAAGUUUACGUGAUGGAGAAAUGUGACGAUGGUUGGUAUGUGGGGACAUCAAACAGGACGGCUAUGUUUGGUACUUUCCCAGGAAAUUAUGUACAAUUAAUUCAAUGACGAAUCAGAAUCUACUGUAGACCUGGUUAUAGAAGUGAAUAAAAGACUCCAUAAUCACAGGAGUAUAAAAUGUAACAAGUCCCAAGCAUCACGCCAAAGCCACAGUGACAAAGGACACUUUACAAUGGCUGCUAGAGAUUGCAUCAUCAACUAUUUAUAGCCAUCUAUUUAUAGCCACACAAAUAAAAUGCAUUUAGAUAGACAAAAGCUGCAUGUUACAAAUAAUGUGUUCAUCAACGUGUACAAAUUAUCAUUUAUCAGCAGAUUUAGUAGAAGAACAAAAUGGACGCAAGGUUUUUUUUUUAAUUUAAAUUAUUUCCAUUAUAACAAGGGUUUGUUUGUUUGUUUAUGUCUUGAUUUUUUAACAUUUCAUCCUGUUAUAAAUUUCAUUAGCUAUUUAUGGAUCAUUUAAAUGUGUAUAUGUUUGUUGUCUGGGUUGAAAACCCAAAUUUCCAAUAUAGGAAGCUCAUUAUGCAGAAAAUUUGACAAUCUGACAAUUACUUACUAAAUAUUUUGGAUUGAAAUAAGACAAUUGAGACAAUACCAAAUAAAAAAACCAUUAAAUUCAAAGCAUACUCAAACUUGAAUUGAAACAACAUGGUUUGACUCCAUCAGUUCAAUUGAACUUUUAAUAAUUGAUUGUUUAAAAUUAAAUUUAGCAAUGCUGUACUUUUUUUUAACCAUAAUGACUUCUUUGAUGGAAAUUUGGGACUUCAGUUCCCUUUUAAUGUUGUACUUUUCGAAAUUAUUACAUGUACAACAAUGGUAAAGGGGUUCUCGUGUGUAUGUCGUACAAAUGAUACAAUUAGACAUUCAUUAUAGGACUCUGUCGCUAGUAUGUUGUACAUUUCUGCAGGGAGAAACAUGUCCGUGUCUUUUCAUUCAAUUUCGUAAAGUUUAAUUAGGGAAUGUUUUAUUAGAUAUAUCAUUUUUUUGUAUUUAUUGUUGCUUGAAACUUUUAUAAAAAUCAUGAAUUUUCGUACCUAAUUUUAACCUUUUCCCGCAUUAGAUACAUCAUAGUUUAAAAAAUGAUAAUAAUUUUCUAUAAAAACUUUUUAAAUCAUACAAAAGUAUAUGAUUAACUUUUUACCUCAUGGGUAGUUCUGUAUUUGGCUUUUGCGGCCUUGAUAAUAAUCUUCCCAAUAUUUUGUCUCUGUUUGUUUCAGUUUCUUUUUGUAGUUAAUAAAAGCCACAUAGCGAACAAAUGUUGUUUUUUCUUCUUUUAACCAGUUCAUGUAAACAGAGAAGAAAAGAAACUGAACAAAAUUUCCCUCAUAAAAGUUGUAAUGAGAACCUAGUUAUAUUUUCAUGAUAUAAAUAUUGAGAUUUUUUAAUUGAUCAAAAGAGGACAAUUAUCUCAUUUAUAUUUUGUAUAUUUCUAAAUUUAAUUGUAACAAUCAUGGAGGCUGAUUUGAUGCUUUAAGUUUUAAAACAGUCCAGAUCUGAUUUGUUAACAACUAUCUACCUGAAUCUGAUUUAUAGAACUUUAUAAAUAUCAAGUCUAGUACCAAUGGUACAUAUUAUCCUUACGAUUUUAAAUCAAGACUACCAAUUUAGUUUGAAGUUCCAGUCUUUUGUUUAGACAUUUAGCAAUGUUAGUUGUGGCUUUUAUAAUAGAAAAAACUAAUUAUUGUACAAAUAGAUUUAACGUUCUCAAAUCUAAUACCGGUGAAAUUUUCCUCCCAAUAAAAUUUUGGGACAAUUAUUUUAAAAUCCAAAUAUAACAAAUGUAUUUAAUCUAGUGAAUAUUGUUUUUGUUUAAUCUGGAUAAUUUAAUAUAUACAUACCAACCAAGAAGACAGGAAAAGAAGUAUAACAAGGACAUUACUAACGUUUCUUCUGUUUUUGUUUAAGGUGGUACCUAACACUACAGGGAGAUAACUCUAUAAAAUCAGCUAAACGUUUUGAUUACGUUGUGUUGUUAAGGGAAUAUUUAGCUUCUCAAUGAUUAAAAUAAGUGUUUGUCAAACUGCUAUAUAACCAGUGUAUUUUUUCUGAUAAAAAAGGUUGGUUCAAAUUUUUUGAAAUUUUUAUAUUUUUUUCAAAGGGUCAAAGUAAAUACAUUGUCAAAAUUUUAAGAAAAUUAAACGGGCCAAAUCAAUUUUAGUUAAAGUGUUGGGUACCACCUUAAGUAUGCUAAAUUAAACUUUUAAAAAUCCUCAUUACCAAAACUAGUGGCUACUAUUGAACAAAUAGUUCUGAAAGUGGCAUUAAAUACCAAUAAUCAAUCACAUUACCAAAAGAAACAUCAAUGAAUUAUAUGAAUUAGUCCAUAUACCAAAAGUUGUGACUUGUAUUUUAAGGUUAACUUAUUGAUUUAAAAUAUUAUAAAAUUUUAGUAUGCAUGCUUUAAAUGUAACUGACUUACUCUACUUGUUAAUGUUUUGUUGCAUCUGAAUAAUAUUCUACAACAGAUUGUUGGGGUCAAUUUUUAACUCAAAAUUGAUUGCUUUCAAAACUUUGUACUAACUUACGUUGUAUAUUAUGUACAUAACUUGAUACCUGUACAUAAUCCUACCCUAUAUAAUUAUGUCCCUUUAAUCCUGAUGUGAUAUUUAUUUGAUGUAUUAAAGGUAUAGAUUUUAUAAUUCUACAAAUAAAAGUUCAGACGUUUAUGUAUGGCAGGUACAUAUACAUGUAUAUGCAAUGGUUAUUUAUAAUGUAUCCUAGUUUCAGUGUUGUUUCUAUUUAUAACUGUGUCAUUUAAAUGGAGCUUUUUUUUUGUUUCUUAUUAAAAUUUGAAUGAAGUCUUGUCUGCCUGAUAGUGCCUUUUCUUUGUAGAAGAGUUAGGUUAUGAAUUAUGUUUUUAGUUCACUUAUUUCUGUCAACCGACUAUGGUAUAAUUAGAGAAAUGAAACAGUAAAUUACAUCUAGGAAAUGUACAAGCUCAAAUUUCACUACAGUGCAAAUAUAUAUUUUCUGAUUUUUCCAAGAUAAAUUUUGACAUAAUUUCGGAAAAAAGAUAAAAAUUCAGUUAAAAUUUUAAAAAUUCUUUUGUUUUCUGUCAAUUAAGGUCAAACUUUGUGCCAUAAAACUCUGUCUCCAACACAUUAUUUUGGAAUUCAAGAACAACAUGAUAUAUCAUUUAAUCUGAUGGUUUGUUUCUAGUCACUUUCAAAUGUCAAUCAAUUCAUACAAAUCGUAGUUAUGUACGGAAAUGAAAUUCAUUACAAAAAACAUUCUAAAAAUAAUCAGCCCUAUCAAAUCUUUCAAUUCUUCAGCAAUACAAAGUUUAGAGUGGAAUGACUAAUAAACAAUUUCCAUAUAACUAUUGAAUAUGUUUAGGUUUUUAUAUUGUCAAUAAGAUUGUUUGAAAUCUGACAAAUAAUUUUGAUAGCUAUUAAUGUAGAAAGAGAGAACUUGAUAUUAUGCUCACAGAAUCUAUGGUUGUUUUUUUAAGACGUUUAGGUUGUGUUAAAUUUGUCUGACUUUUGUUAUUUUUUAAGUUUCUUUCUGUGCGAGGUUGUGUAAAACAAUGAUCUAGAUAAUGACCUUUUUUAUGUAGUUAAUUUUAUCAGAUAUUCCCUCUUUUCACUUUUUUCAUUUGUUUUGUUUCUGCCAUAGAUUCAUUGGUGCAUGAAAUAAAAAUAAAUGCCUGUGUUA